AUGAAGCUUUCCUGGGGCUUCGCUGCCUCCGCGCUGUACUGCGCCGCCGCCGCAUCCAAGACCGGCCAUGUCUUCACUUUCGACGGCUUCGACGGCACCGACCACCACGCCGCCCCGGCGUCAUCGCCCGUCGACCCUGAAACCGCUCGAUUGAUCCUCGCGCAGCGCCUUGGUCUGUCGCGCUUCCACUCGAUCCACGGCGCCGACGCCGAGGCAAUCAGGAACAUCAACGCAUUUGGAGGGAGACAGCAGAAGCUCUUUGGCGAGCAGGCGGACGCAUCGAGGGCCAAGCUGCUCGUAUGGCUCGAGGACGCCGAGGACAGCCUCGUAACAAAGCUCCGCGAUGCUUCCACUGCCUCGUUUGAGAUAUCGAGCCCCCCCUCUGCAACAGACAACGACCGCCUCAUCGACGACUUCACAACACAGGCCGAGUCGCUGCCAAAGCACGCCGACCCCAAGGCAAAGACCUACUCAGCCAGCAUCGACGCCGACGCUGCCUUCUCUACGCUCAAGAAGACCACCCUCCACAACGAUUACUUGACCCUCUUUCGUGCCGACAAGAAGGAUGACGUUGACCGCGUAGUCCUUCAGGACGCCCUCCCUGGCCUCGCUGCGCGCGGUCUUGAUGUCACCGUUGUCGCCAUGCCGUCGUCGUCUGGUAACUCGAAGCGCCACGUCAAGCCCUACGGCACCUACAAGAUGCCAUCCGUCAUCCAAGCCCGCCGCGACCGCCAGAACCCCGAGGCGCUCCUCUCCCUCACCUCCGAGCCCUCGACCUCCCCCAAGGCUGACUACCCGGAUCUCGAGGACUUCCCCGUCUUCACAUCGUCCAAGAAGAGCAACGGCACGGUGCGCGGCAUUCUGCCCCCCUUCUUCAACUCGCUCGCCUCGUGCGAGAGGACAACACUCAACUGCUCCGGCCACGGCGAUUGUAAGCUCCUGCACAAGGCCCAGGACAAGACGCAGCAGGACCGCUACGGCUGUGCCUGCUCGCCUACCGUUAUCGGCAAGGGCGAGGGCCGCAAGGUGACGACGUGGGCCGGCCCAGCAUGCCAGAAGAAGGACAUUUCCGUUCCGUUCUGGUUGUUUGUUGGCACGGGUGUUAUGCUGGCGUUUCUCAUCUCGACCAUUAUCGGCAUGAUGUACUCUAUUGGAAGCGAGGAGCUGCCGAGUGUCAUUGGUGCGGGUGUCAGUGGGCCUGUGAGGAAGUAG